AUGGCGGAUCUUUUACCCUCGAUUGAUUCCGAUGAGGAUGUCAACGCAGAAGGAAGCAGUAAUGAUGAAGAAAAUGAGGCUGGUGAUGACAUGGAUCCUUCUUUUGAGUUUGGGGGAAUCUUGGGUGAAGAUGGAGAUGCUGUGACGCUAUCUAUUUCUCCAGGAACUCCAGGAUGGUCCUUUCAGACUGCCUUGAAUUCCAUUACGAAGAAUCAGAGCCAAUCGGCCGCUCCACCUCGAAUGGAUAUUGCUUCGAUCAUUGCUGCCAAACGGAAGGUGCUCAAAGAAGAAAAGAAUACCAAUGCCGACUUGGAAAAGGAAGCCGAUAAGGAAGAUGGAGACGACGAAAGUGGAGAGGAUAGCAAAGGGAGCAAUGGUGAUGACGACGACGACGACAACAACUCUGAAUCCAGCACUGGAGGCAGCAAUAGCAUCAAUGAUGAUGAUUCUAGCGAAAGUGAGGAUGAAGAAGAAGAAGACGAUAAAGCUCACAAAAUGGAAAAGGAUGUUCUAACAUCAAGGGCGGGCAAUGAUGAUGAUGAUGAUGAUGAUGAUGAGCCAGAUGAUGACGAUGAAGACGACAAAGAUCUUUCUUCGGAUGAAGAAGACGUCGAGGAGGCAAAAAAGGCGGAAAAGUUCUUUGACUCGCAAUCCACACUGAACGGGCCAGGAGAAGCCGUUGAGUUGUUCGUCCAAUUGACGCUGUCUCGUCCCCUUCUUCGUGGCGUUGCCGCCAUGGGGUUUGUCAAGCCCACUCCUAUCCAGGCUGCCUGCAUCCCUGCCGCCUUGUCUGGGAGAGACAUUUGUGCCUCGGCUGUGACGGGCUCUGGAAAGACUGCGGCAUUCAGUUUGCCCAUCUUGGAACGCCUCCUUCACAGAACGUCAGGUGCUUCACGCGCACUCAUCCUGACUCCAACACGCGAACUGGCGGCUCAAUGUCUUGGAAUGAUAUCCUCCCUAGCUCAAUUCACAAGUAUCAGAGUAGCCUUGAUUGUUGGUGGUAGCAAGAAUCUACCCUCCCAAGCAGCAGAGCUUCGUACUCGGCCUGAUAUCAUUGUGGCAACUCCAGGUCGGCUUCUGGACCAUGUGACAAAUUCAGCAGGAGUCACCCUCUCUGACUUGGAGUUUCUUGUACUGGACGAAGCAGAUAGGCUCCUCGAUAUGGGAUUCCAAGAUGAAGUGAUGGAAAUUGUGAAGGAAUGCCCCGUGCAACGACAAACUUUGCUCUUCUCUGCCACCAUGAACACGAAGGUAGACGACCUCAUCAAACUCAGCCUGAAGCGACCAGUGAGGAUUCGUGUGAGUGACAAGAAUGCCAACAACAACACCGGGUCAGGUCCAUCGGCCGGUAGCAAUGACAUUGAAGUUGCCCCGCAUCUAGAGCAAGAGUUUGUCAGAAUCCGAUCCGGAAACGAAGGAAUCAAUCGAGAGGCCAUCCUCCUGGCGUUACUGACACGAAGUUUUAUUAGCCAAACAAUCGUCUUCUUCGAUACGAAAGCAACGGCUCAUCGAAUCAUGAUUCUCUGCGGUCUGUGUGGGAUUAAGUGUGCCGAACUGCAUGGAAAUCUUACCCAAGCACAGCGUCUCACGGCACUGGAGAGCUUUCGAAACGGAGAAGUGAAUAUCUUGUUGGCCACGGACUUGGCGGGCAGAGGUAUUGAUAUUCCGAACGUUGAGACCGUGGUCAAUUUUGAAAUGCCAUCAAACACCGCAAACUAUAUCCAUCGUAUUGGACGAACUGCCCGUGCCGGCCGGGGUGGUCGCUCGUGUACAUUGAUUGGAGAAGGGAGGAGGCACCUGAUGAAGGCCGUGAUUAAAGACGCCGCAGAAAAGAAGAAGCAACGGGCGGAGAAAGGACGCCGUUUCAAGUCAGGAACAAUUCGCUCCAGGUCCAUUCCAGCUGCAGUUGUAGCCCACUUUGUCCAAAAGAUCCAGUCUUUGGAACCUCAUGUAAAAGAAGUCCAGCAGGCGGAAGCAGUGGCCAGAUUGGAUCGCCUUGCCGAUAUGGAGGCCACAAAGGCCCAAAAUCUCAUUGAGCAUUCCAGCGAAAUCAUGUCCCGACCCCAAAGAGAGUGGUUUGCCUCCAAUAAACAGAAGAAAAUGACGAAAGAGGCACUUGCAGAGCGGCAAGCCAUGAUUCGGGAAAAGGCUGGUACGGGAAUCCAUCGCAUGACGAGAAAGAAGCGUCGAGCUCGUGAGGCGCGCGAGGCAUUAGCCGAGCAUGACGAGGAGGAGGAGGAGAAUACGCCCCGUCCAGAGCCGGAGCAAAUCAUGAAGAGUGCUGCGAAGGCUGCCAAGAGGAAGGAACAGAAGCGUGACAGAGAGAUGGCUGCAAACAGCCUUAGCGGCAAAGUGCGAACUGAAGAAGGUAGGAAGAAGAAGAAACGAAAAGCAGGAGAUUCUGCAGGGGAUAGCAGUCUGUUUGAAGAGGAGAAAGUGGUUCACGCAAAGAAGUCUUCCAAAUCUGAAGAGGCGGCAAAGGUUAUCAAGAGCAGCUACAAGUUCCGUGACGACAACUUCGAUCCCGACAACAAAAGAAAGAAGGGGAAGAAAAAGUCUGUCAAUUCGUUCAAGUCCAAGAGCAAGUUCAAGCGCCGAAAGAAAUAG